AUGCCAAAUCGAGAUCCCUGCUCUUUAACUGCGACAGAUUCACGGUGUUCGACUUUAAUGGAAACCUUGUAUUGCGUCGACAAUUACAUCGUCGGCAACAAAGGAGAGAUUGUUCUCAAGGACGCCUCCGGCAAUUCUCUUUUCACCAUCUGCCGCAAGAAGCAUUGCUCAUCUCGGUGGUCACUUCUGUGGUUUGUGAAAAUAGAAUUGGCGCGACUUAAUCUGUAUCUGGAUAUGGGGAUGGAGAAACAAGGUUCCAGAAGUGGAAGUGGCUUCUUCCAGAUGUUUGAUUGGAAUGCAAAAUCUCGAAAGAAAUUGUUUUCUAGCAAAUCUAAUUUACCAGAGCAGUCGAAACAGAAAAAGAUAUGUGACAGAAGUUUGCCAAUGACGCAGCUUCAUGUGUUCGAUGAGGAUGAAAUGAUAGCUGGAUCAAGUAUUAGAGGAAGCAGUGAUUAUAGCCGUGCUUCAUCCGUUACUGAUGAAGAUUUUUGUGGAACUAAGGCUCCUGGGGUUGUAGCAAGGCUUAUGGGAUUGGAUUCCAUGCCAACAUCCAAUUUUUCUGAGACCUACUCUUCCCCAUUUCACGACUCUCAGUCUCUCCGUGAUACUCAUUACCAUGUGAAAAAUCUUGAAUGUUCUCGAGAUAGUCAAAUUGUGCAUUUGGGCAGACACAAGGAGCUGGCUUCUGUUAGGAAUUUAAUGGUGCAAAACCAGAAGCCAAUAAACAGACCAGUGGAGAAGUUUCAAACUGAAAUAUUGCCUCCUAAGUCGGCUAAGUCCAUCCCAAUUACCCAUCACAAACUUUUAUCUCCGAUCAAAAGUGCCAAUUUGAUCCCGCCUAAGGAUGCUGCUUACAUUAUGGAAGCAGCUGCAAGAAUUAUCGAGCCGGGACCUCAAGCUAACAGAAAAGCAAAAUUUCCUCAGGUGGGGUCUUCAUCGGCUCCCUUGCGAGUAAAGAAUUUGAAAGAGAAGGUUCAAUCGUCUCAGAUUUCAUUAAAAUCGUCUUUGGCUUCUCAAAAGCCAGGUGAAACUGAUUUUGCUAAGUAUUUUAAGGCACAAUCUAUGGAUGCAACAUCAAUCGAUGUCUUUGAACAUUCUGAAGAAUGUUCGACUGACAUUAAAAAUAAAGGAAAAUCCAUAUCACUUGCACUACAAGCAAAGGCCAAUGUUCAGAAACGAGAAGGCUUAAAUUCGGGCAGCAGCAGAAGUUUGGUCCAUAGAGAACAUAGUGUGUUCAAUUCAAACCAGUUGUUCAAAAGCCAACAAAAUACGCAGAAAAUUACACAUAAGAAACCGUCUACACGUAGUGGUUCGAGUGUGCUCCGACAGAACAAUCAGAAGCAGAAUUGUGUAAAUGCUGAAAGAGGAAAAUUACACUCAAAAUCCUUUGCUUCCAACUUACAAGAUGGGAAAGCGCUUAGUGUAGAUUCCAUUUCUGUAAGGCACAGGAACUGUAGUAAAACCUCUAGGAACUCGAAGUUCGGCACCAGGAGAUCCGGUUCGGAUACAAGAGAUGAUAAAAGGGAAGUAUCAUAUUCUAGUUCAGAAAGAGUCUCUCGUAAGAAACGAUCCGUAGAUGGGAAUUAUCAAUAUGAGAAAAACCAGGCAGCUAAUAACGCACUGAUGGAUAAAAAUCAGAAACUGAUUCAGUCCAAUGCUUUAAUGGAUCAGCAAAAUAGAUGGGAUCAAGAUACCAAAAUUAAUGGAACCGAUGUUGUUUCUUUUACGUUCACUACUCCUAUGAAAGGGCCAGGCUGUGAGAGGACCAGAGAGACUCGGGAACAAUGUAAUGACUUUUCUGAGAAUUAUCGAACUAAACGGAUGCUGUUGAGCUCGGAUUGUAUGAAUAAUUUGACUUUCCCUGGAAAUAAUGUGAAUGGAGGUGACACAUUGAGCACUCUCUUGGAGCAAAAGUUCAAAGAAUUGACUUGUGGAGUAGAGUUUUCUGAACACAAAGUAGCGACAGUUAGUAGUUCUGCAUCAAUUUUUCAAGACCCGAUACCUGGUCUGAAUUCCUUAAGAACCUUUAAAGUUUUACAUGACAACAGGACCAAAGAUGGGAUUCACAUGGAUGGUGUGAUUGGCCUAGGUGGGUCGAGAUUUUCUUCAAUGAAUGAAUGUGGCAACAGGACUGAAACCAAAAUGUUGCUGGAUUGCCGGCUCCCAAGUCCAGUUUCAGUUCUUGAUCAUUCUUCCUUCACUGAAAGUUUCGCUUCUUCGGACACUGCAGAAAGUAGUACAGUAGGUGGCAAGCAGUAUACAUCUUUUCAAGCUCAAGAAGUGUUUGGUAUGUAUUCUUUGAAGAAGUUACAAUCACUCGAACUUGAUGCUGAGUUAUCAGACUCGGCUUCUUCGAUUUCUGCUGGAACUCGGGCAAUAAAACACGUGACUACUACUACAUUUGCCAUUGAUUCUGGGAAUUCAACAGGGUGGGAACUAGAAUAUGUGAAGGAAAUACUAUGCAACAUAGAGCUGAUGUUUAAGGAUUAUGCGUUGGGAAGGUCUCGUGAGGUCAUAAACCCUCAUUAUUUCUAUCAAUUAGAGAGUCGAAAAUCGUGUUUCAAUGGUCAUGGACUUGAAGCAAAAAUAAGCAGAAAGGCUUGGUUUGAUUGUGUGACCGAAUGCUUGGACUCGAGAUGCAGACGCUAUGUAAAUGGGGGAUGUAAAAUAUGGACAGAAGGUCUCUCAGUUGUUAGAAGAAAGGAUAGGUUAGCUGAAGAAGUGUAUAAUGAAAUUUCGAGUUGGAGUUGCAUGAAAGAUUCUAUGGUAGAUGAACUUGUUGAUGAGGACAUGAGUGGUAAACAAAAAAGAUGGCUCGACUUUGAUAUCGAAGCAUUUGAACUAGGAAUUUUGAUCGAGGAUCGGAUUCUUACUUCAUUAUUAGAUGAAUUGGUUGAUGACAUUUUGAUAUUGUAA